UCGCCAGCCGGUCCACGUGGACCCCCGGAAUAGCUGAGGGGAGAGAAGAUGGCCUUGACCCGGGUGCGCAGGCUGGAGCUGGAGGAAGCCCUGGCCCUGGGGCCUAACUGGCGGCAUGAGUGCCACGCGCUGCUCUACGCGCCAGACCCUGGGCUGCUCUUCCGCCGCAUCCCACUGCGUUAUGCGGUCCUGAUGCAGAUGCGCUUUGACGGGCGUUUGGGCUUCCCCGGAGGUUUCAUGGAGUUGCAGGACGGUAGUCUGGAGGAUGGGCUGAACCGCGAGCUGAUAGAGGAGCUGGGGGAGGCAGCGGCCACCUUCCGCGUGGAGCGGGCAAACUACCGCAGCUCUCACGCGGCGUCCGGCCCACGCGUGGUGGCUCACUUCUAUGCCAAGUGUCUCACGCUGGAGCAGCUGACUGCAGUGGAGAAGGGCGCGCCGUUUGCCAAGGACCACGGGCUGGAGGUGCUGGGCCUGGUGCGGGUGCCCCUGUAUACCCUGCGGGAUGGUGUAGGAGGCCUGCCUACCUUCCUGGAAAACGCCUUUAUUGGAGCUGCGCGGGAGCAGCUGCUGGAAGCCCUCAAGGACUUAGGACUGCUGGAAUCUGAUUCUGUCCGUGGGACUUAAGAGCUCAGCUCUGAGAUCAGGACCUUUGUACUCUGGAGGGAGGGAGGGAGGAGAAAGGGAAUGUUUUCUGGGCUUGGGCCUGAUAGGUGGUAACUUAUUAAAAAGAAAGAAGUGUGUGCAAUA